GGCAGCAUCCACCUCAGCCUACCACGGACUGACCUGAGCCGCGCAUGCGUCUGAGCAAAACCCUCGUGCAUGCACCACCACCAAGGAGGAUCCGGUAAUUAAACCCAGCAAAGUGUGGAGGGAAUAGCCGGGAGCUAGCGGAGCCGGUGUUAGCUGCACAGCAGGCAGCGGACAUUGUCGCUGUGUGAACCCUGAACCGGUGCCGUGUGCUGCUGUUGUUUAGCCGGCUGAGACUCCAGAGAGGCUGCACAAACUCUUGGAGCUGUCCAAGAAGAGGAAGUCAACAUGCCACCAAAACAACUCGGGAGAUCAGAGCGAAGGAAACUGUUCACGUCACUGGCAGGCGAGCUGGUGAUCAUGGCCGGGACCGUCAUGCUGGCCUACUACUUUGAGUACACCGACACCUUCAGCGUGCACGUGCAGGGCUUCUUCUGCUACGACACCACGUACACCAAGCCCUACCUGGGGCCGGAGGACAGCAGCGCCGUCCCGCCCGUCCUGCUCUACGCCCUGGUGGCCGGGCUGCCCACGCUGCUGAUCACAAUAACGGAGACGGUGCUGUUCCUGGUCCAGUACACGUCCAAAGAGUUUGACCGCUCAGAGAAGACGGUAGCCACCGGGGACUGCUGUUACCUCAACCCGCUGGUGCGCAGGACCUUCCGCUUCCUCGGAGUCUACACCUUUGGCCUCUUCACCGUUGACAUCUUUGUUAAUGCAGGCCAGGUAGUGACCGGGAACCUGGCCCCCUACUUCCUGACGGUGUGUAAGCCCAACUACACAGCGCUGGGCUGCCAGCAGGCCCUGCGCUACAUCAGCCACCAGGAGGCCUGCACGGGAAACCAGGACGACAUCCUGCGCGCCCGCAAGACCUUCCCAUCCAAGGAGGCCGCACUCAGUGUCUACGCUGCACUCUACCUGGCUAUGUAUGUGACGUGCACGGUGCAGGCCAAAGGCACGCGUCUGGCCAAGCCCAUGCUGUCUCUGGGGCUCAUGUGUCUGGCCUUCCUCACCGGUCUGAACCGCGUGGCUGAAUACCGCAACCACUGGUCGGACGUCAUCGCUGGCUUCAUCAUCGGCACAGCCAUUGCAACUUUCCUGGUGGUGUGUGUAGUGCAUAACUUCAAAGGAAAGUUACUGCUGUGCGAGGAGUCACCAGCGGAGCAGCGGCCGAACACAGGCAUGCUGAACAUCGGCCGAAUGGAGAGUCCUCUGGAGAAGUACAUCGCCUCACAGAAUCACAUCGCCUUCGCUGAGGUCACAUGACGUGGAGUCGGCCGUGUGGCAGACCCAUUGGACGUCCACGCUCUUCACCGUCCAAUCCAAUUAACCGGAGUGCAGUGCUAAACCCAUUCUCUGUGUAUGUCUGGUCUGCGGUAUGUUGUUCUAUGUUGUCUUUUAUCAGGCCCCUGUUGUCAUUUGCAGCUUCUUGUAUUCAAGGAAAAAAAAAUAACGAAAGAAGAGUCAGUAACUCAGUGGGACAGGUUGCUUCUGCUUUCUCCAUCUAUGCACUUAUUCUGAAUCCUUUUGAAUCUCGCCACCAAAAUGACUGUUGCGAGGUGGACAGGUUGUACACUGUGGGACACUAGAAGAACAAGAGAAGAACUGGAUUGCACCAUCUCAAAUCUGCCAAGGUCCAUUAUGUUCUCCUGGUGGGGUUAUGUUGUGUAAAACAGAGUGUUCCAAUCAGAUGGCUGUAAGUCGUUAAGUUGAGUGAGAGUGUCCAAACAGAGAAAGAUGAAGAACCCUCUCUUGUUAUGUCGCUAAAGUUUUGUUUUUGCUGUCAUCACAUCACCUUUAUAACAUUCAGAGAGCUGCUUUGAAUAUCAGAAUAUGACAUUGACUGCUGGGCCCAUAUUUAUCAAACCAAAUGGGACAUUUUAACUUAAAGAAGCAGUGUGUUUACCUUGCAUGGCAGCUGGAUUCUCGCGAUAUGCCGCGAGAGUUGCAAUUUAUUUGGGCUAUUUUUAUGCAUUUGUUAGACCUUUUGACAGUUGAGACAUGGCAGGAAAUGUGGGGAGAGAGAUGGGGAGGGACAUGCGACAAAGGUUCCUGUCCAGACUCCUAUUUUAUUGUAGUUAGAUUGAUUUGCUGCUGGUUUGAUGUCUUGUCUUACCUUGCACAGCAGCUGAAUGCCCAUGAUAUCACGAGAUCAUGCGAGAAGCUACCGGCAGCUACAGCGUGGUUUAGGUGUGUUUGACGGCCGCGACAACAAUGGCAGACGUGUCGGACAGUUGGUUCAUCCAAUCACCUGCCAGGUAUUUAUUUUGAAAGUGCCCGUCCUUUUACAAACAGUUUCCAGUGACAACUUCUCACAGUUCUGUGUUAAAAAAAAACAUCUGGCUCGUCAGGUUACAUGACACCUGCCAGCCUCUGUAGAUUUUCACAAGUCAAAGAAAAACUACAAUGGAUGCUCGUUAAGUUGGCAGAGUGUAAGAUUCAGGGGGGUAUUGGCAGAAAUGGAAUAUAAUCAUAUUUAUGUUUUCAUAAGUGUAAAAUCACCUGAAACUAAGAAUUGUUGGGUUUAUGUUUGGCUUAGAAUAGAAUUCAUUUCUACAUAGGGAGCAGGUCCUCUUCCAUGGAGCCUGCCAUGUUUUCUACAGUAGCCCAGAACGGACAAACCAAACACUGGCUCUAAAGAGGGCCUUUUGCUUUUUAUUUCGUUACCUGAAGGCCACCAUGGGUUCUUUGCACGCUUACAAAGGGACGGGUGAGGGGAAUGGUAUUCAGUUGCUAUCUCCGACCUCACCACUAGAUGCCACUAAAUCCUACACACUGCUCCUUUAAAUGAAAGAUAAAGCUGAAAAAAAGUG